CUCCAAGAGCGCAGUGAAUUUUUCUAACGAGUAAAGUGCGUCUGCUGGUGAACUUCUGUUAAUUUUUUAAUAAAACGCUUAAUUAAAUUGUGUUAAAUAUUUGGUCGUGUAGCAGUGUACAAUGGCAACGAAAUCAAAACGCGCCGGAACAGCCACGCCCCAACCGCAACCAGGCGGCACAUCUACGCCUUUGAUACCCGGCGCUAAUCGCUCCGCUAGCCCACUGAGUCCUACGCGACAUUCGCGUCUUCAGGAGAAGGCUGAAUUGCAAAAUCUAAACGAUCGUUUGGCAUGCUAUAUCGACCGUGUUCGUAAUUUGGAAACUGAAAAUGCGCGUCUAUCCAUUGAAGUGCAGACCACGCGCGACACAGUCACUCGUGAGGCUACCAAUAUCAAGUCUAUGUACGAAAAUGAGUUAAGUGACGCGAGACGGUUGUUGGAUGAAACGGCACGGGAAAAGGCCAAAUUAGAGAUUGACACCAAGCGCCUUUGGGAUGAAAAUGAGGAAUUGAAGGCAAAAUUAGACAAGAAAACUAAAGAUUGCUCAUUUGCCGAAGGUAAUGCUCGUAUGUAUGAAUCACGCGCUGCUGACUUGAGUAAUAAAUACAAUGCCGCCAAUGCUGACCGCAAAAAGGCUGUGGAUGAAUUAAAUGAAGCUCUCAAAGAGCUGGAGCGUUUGCGCAAGCAAUUAGACGAGGCGCGCAAACUACUGGAGGAUGAAACUCUGGCUCGCGUUGAUUUGGAGAAUAACAUACAAAGUUUACGCGAAGAAUUGACAUUCAAAGAUCAAAUCCACAUACAGGAAAUGAAUGAAACACGCUCACGUCGUCAAGUAGAAAUUAGUGAAAUAGAUGGCCGUUUGACCGAACAAUACGAGGCCAAAUUACAGCAAUCUCUGCAAGAAUUGCGCGACCAAUAUGAGGGUCAAAUGCGUGCCAAUCGCGACGAGAUCGAACUACUGUAUGAACAAAAGAUUAAAAACUUGCAAUCGGCAGCAAAUCGCAAUUCAAGUGCUGCUUCGAGUGCUAUAGAAGAGUUACGUUCUACGCGCACUCGCAUUGAUGCGCUCAAUUCGCGCAUUGGCGAAUUGGAGUCGACAAACAAUGCACUGACUGCACGCAUACGAGAGCUGGAACAGUUGUUGGACCGUGAACGUGCACGUUAUAAUGCGGAUAUUGCCAAUUUGGAUGCAGAAUUGCAGCGUUUACGGGACGAGAUGGCACUACAAUUACAGGAGUAUCAAGAUUUGAUGGACAUCAAGGUCUCAUUGGACUUGGAAAUUGCCGCCUAUGACAAGUUGUUGUGCGGUGAGGAAUCGCGGUUGAACAUCACACCACAUACAUCUACCGCUUCCGGUUCCUUCAGUCAAAGUUUACGUGGCACACGCGCCACGCCAAUACGCAAAACACCAUCACGUGGCGCUUCUACAGUGCCGCUUAAACGAAAACGCACAGUCAUCGAUGAAUCAGAGGACCUCAGUCAAUCUGAGUACUUUGUAACUGGCAGUGCAAAGGGCGAUAUUGAAAUUUCUGAUGUUGAUCCGGAGGGAAAAUUCGUAAAAUUGCAUAACAAAGGUAACAAGGAGUUACAAAUCGGCGGUUGGCAAUUAAUUCGUACCGCUGGCAGCAAUGAGACCUCAUUCAAGUUCCAUCGCACGGUCAAAAUUGAUGCCGGCGCUGUGGUAACUGUAUGGUCUUCCGAUGCUGGCGCGACACACGAGCCACCAACUAAUAUAGUAAUGAAAACACAAAAAUGGUUUGUUGGCGAUAACAUGAAGACAUCACUGUUCAAUGGUGACGGCGAAGAAGUAGCUGGCUCAGAACGUCUAAAACGCACAAUCGUAACGCAUUCUUCACGUCAUCGCGCCUAUGGCGGCCGUUUAGGCAUCUCGUCGGUGGACGGUGUUGGCCAUGAGGAACUUUACCACCAACAAGGUGAUCCACAGCAGGGAGAUGAAAAGUGUCGUCUCAUGUAAAUGUGUAGUUCGAAAGGAAAAAAAAUGUAACACUAACAGCCAAUUUCACGAAAGCAAUUUAAGUGAAAAAUGAUUUUAAUUUUUUGAAAUUUCUAUGGAAAUUGACAAAAUAAAAAAUCAUUUUCAAUUUAAAUUGCUGGUGAAACCGGCUGUAAAUGUAAAAUUACUACAAAAGAUUACUAUAAUUUUCAUAUUUUUUAAUUGUAAUAUCGUAAAUUGGAAAGCAAAAAAAUGUUUUAAGCAAUACUGCAAAAGAGCGCAUACCAAGAAACGUCAAUUGAUAAACACAAUAACACUAACCCAUUAUCAUCUCACCCAAUAACUCAACCUAGUACAUGCAAUAUUACAUAGCAUAACGAAAUUCCCGCUUCAUACAUACAUACCACAUCACCGUACAAAACGCAUCGUCUGUUUUUCCAGCUGCUGCUAUAAUUUUUUCACUACUUGCCACACAUUUGGAAUUUAUUUAAUAUAUGUGCAGUUUCUGAAAUACUUGCUAUCCCGUUUUUUCUUACAUAAUGGGGCAGUUAACUAUAAAAUAGUUUUUAAUUAUAAUUGCGAUAAAUAAGUCAUAUUUUAUUUUAUUAAAAUGACAUUUAAAUAGCUGCUGUAGUAUUCAUCUAAUUAUGCUCUACUCUUAUAAAUUAAAAGCAGAAUCCUACCACUUAAGCGAAAGAGUAAUAAAACACAUGUUGAGUAAUAAGAAAACAAAAUUUGAAAGGAAACAAAGAUGUAUUAACGGUCGUCGCAGUUUUUAAUGAAUCAUACAAUUAUCAAAGAGUACAAGGAAAGCAAUUGAGUUUUUCUGCCAUAACUAACAGUAUACAUACAUACAUUUAUUUUUUUUCUUGCAUUGAAAAUGUACAAAUUUAUGGUUCCAGUUUCUGGAAGUUUGAAGCUUUGAGGUACAAAUAAAAAAUAGACAAGAAAAAAAGACUCGAAACAUUUGCAGCAAGCAGUGUAUUUUUUUUUUGACACAAAAUACAAUAGUUGAAAUGGGCAGAAAGCUUAAACUUCUUUUCUAACCCUAGAUUGCGUACAUUUGGAAAUCAAGUUUAGGCUGAAGUAGAACGAAAGAAUGUAGCGGUCUAAAAAAUUUUAUUAAUUAAUGAUGCCUGCUAUGUGUGGCUGGAAGCUCUGCGGCUCCCUAUACACUUCGCUAUGCAUAUUAGCCAUCAUUGAUUUGCUUCAGAAGGAAUAUUUUUUGGCGCCUGUCGGCGGUCUAUUCUAAUUGAACCUAUGAAACAUGAACAUAUGAAAGCAAACAUUCAAUGUUUGAACAACAAAAUUAAGAAAGUAUCGUCCUAAAAUCUUACUUUUAAACAAACCUUACGUCUAGUUUUAAAAUCCUAAAAAAAUGUAGCAAAUGGAGCUUAAUAUGUUGAAAAAAUUUU